AUGUUUUAUGUUUGAUUGUUUUAAUUUUUAUAAUUUGAUUGUUCGUAUUAAUUUUUGUUGUAUAUAGUUCAUUAUACAUAGUACAUACUUAUCUCAUUAAAAUUAUUUGUGACAGGUCACCUUAUUGGCAAGAAAUGGUUGAUGCCCUUACCAUUUGUGGGGCGGGGUUCAAAGCCCCUUCUGAGUUUGAUUUGAGGGGACCCAUUUUGACUGAAUUGGUGAAUGAUGUGAAGAAAGAAUUGGGUGAUCAACGCCAAAUAUGGAGCACUAAAGGUUGCACCAUCAUGACUGAUGGUUGGACAGACAGGAGAAAUAGAACUCUCCUUAAUUUUCUUGUUUCUUCCGCAGGGGGCACCGUUUUCAUCAAGUCUAUUGAUGCCUCUGCCCAUUGCAAGAAUGCCACCUACCUAUGUGAGCAGAUAGAGGAGGUGAUUAAUGAGGUGGGUGAAGAGAACGUGGUACAGGUGGUGACUGACAAUGCACCAAAUUAUGUUGCUGCAGACUAUUGAUGGAGAGGCGCCCAUCUAUAGUUUGGACUCCAUGUGCCGCCCAUUGCAUUGACCUCAUGUUAGAGGAUAUUGGAAAACUUCCAUGGGUCAAGACAUGUGUAGAAAAGGCAAGAAAUGUGUGCAAAUUUGUAUAUAAUCAUUCAUGGGUGUUGGCUCUUAUGAGACAAUACACAGAGCAUAAGGAGUUAGCUCGUCCAGGAAUCACAAGAUUUGCCACAAACUUCAUCACAUUGCAGUCCAUGCUUCGUUGUAAGAUGGCCUUGAGACGUAUGAUUGUUGGUGAGGAGUGGUCUUCCUCAUCCUAUGCUGCCACCCCAGCAGGGAAAGAUAUGGCAGACUGCAUUUUUGAUGAGCGAGGCUUUUGGAGCCCUUGUGAUGAGAUAGUGAAGUUUGUUAAGCCCUUGGUGGUUUUGUUGCGAGUUGCGGAUGGAGAAAAGCC